AUGAUCAUCUUUGAGAUUAACAUGUAUUGCCACACAUUGAGUCUCUCCAGGUCUAAGAACCACACCACACACAACAAGUCCCACAAAUGGCAUAGAAAUGGCAUCAAGAAACCCUACUCACAAACAUACAAAUCUCUUAAGGGGGUGGACCCCAAGUUCCUGAACAACAUGCGCUUUGCCAAGAAGCACAAGAAAGGCCUGAAGAAGAUGGAGGCAAACAACGCAAAGACAAUGAAUGCGGGAGCAGAGGCCAUCAGUGCCCUGGUGAAGCCUGUGGCCAUUAAGCCCAAGAUGCCAAAAGGCCCCAGGAGCAAACUCAGCCAUCUGGUUUUCAUUUCUCACCCCAAGCUUGAGAAGCAGAUUCGAAGCUACAUGGCCAAGGGUAGUAGGCUUUGCCAAACAAAGCCCAAGGUUCAAACGAUGGCAGAGGCAGCAGCCCCAGCUCAGGCUCCUAAAGGUGCCUGGGCCCCUGUGAAGGCUCCAUAG